AUGCUAAAUCUAGUAAGGCAAAGGCGUUUCCUAAGCACAUUUUAUGAACUCUUUCCCCAAACCUUCCCCAAGAAGGCUCCAGUUUGGAAUUUUAACGAGAGACAGCUACGUAAGGAGUAUCGAAACCUACAGGCACAACACCAUCCUGACAUGUUAGGUGGGAAUCUCUCACAGGAAGUCUCAAGUAGUGGCGGUAAUUAUUCAUCUCUGCUCAAUAAGGCCUACCACACUCUGAAAGAGCCGUUGCCAAGAUCGCAGUACAUGCUCAAAGUUUUAAACAAUAUGGACUUAACUGAAGAAAGACUCUCCCAAAGUAUAAUGCAAAGUGAUCCUAGCAUAUUGAUGCAAGUUCUAGACACUCAUGAGCAGUUGGAGGAAGUUCUAAGUGAGGAAGAUGUUCGGAAUAUUGAUUUGGAAAAUAGGGAUCGUAUUAAAGGAAUUGAAUCACAGUUACAAGAGUGCUACGAGACUAUGGAUUAUGGUAGGGCCGCGAGAUUAACAGUGGAAUUAAAAUACUGGGUUAAUUUGGCCAAGGCAAUUAAGGAAUGGCAACCAGGGAAACCAGUUACUAUCAAUCAUUGA